AUGACCGUCCAUACCGCCACAUGCACUGCUCCGGUCAACAUAGCAACCCUCAAGUACUGGGGUAAAAGAGACAAGUCCUUGAACUUGCCCACCAACUCGUCCAUCUCCGUCACGUUGUCCCAAGACGACUUGAGAACGUUGACGUCCGCUGCUGCUUCUGCCGACUUCCAGGAGGACCAGUUGUGGCUUAACGGAGCCUUGGAGUCCUUGGACUCGCCCAGAACCAAGGCGUGUCUUGCUGACUUAAGAGCAUUGAGAGCUGCUGUCGAGAGUGCCGAUGCUUCCUUGCCCAAAUUGUCCCAGUACCACUUGCACAUCGUGUCAGAAAACAACUUCCCCACAGCUGCUGGCUUGGCUUCGUCUGCUGCUGGAUUUGCUGCUUUGGUCAGUGCCAUUGCCUCGUUGUACGAGUUGCCUCAGGACAUGUCCGAAUUGUCAAAGAUCGCCAGAAAGGGCUCAGGCUCUGCGUGCAGAUCGUUGUUCGGCGGAUUUGUUGCCUGGGAAAUGGGGGCCUUGGAAGAUGGUCUGGACUCCAAGGCAGUCGAGGUGGCUCCUUUGGCCCACUGGCCUACCAUGAAGGCUGCUAUCUUGGUGGUCAGUGACGACAAGAAGGAUACUCCUUCCACCACAGGAAUGCAGAGCACUGUGGCUACCUCCGACUUGUUUCAACACAGAAUCCACGAGGUCGUCCCCAAGCGUUUUGAGGAGAUGAAGAAGGCUAUCGUGAACAAGGACUUCGAGACUUUUGGCGAGUUGACCAUGAAGGACUCCAACUCGUUCCACGCCGUGUGUCUCGACUCUUACCCUCCCAUCUUCUACUUGAACGACACCUCCAAGAAGAUCAUCAAGUUGGUGCACAAGUUGAACGAGCUCGAGGGCCACAUCAUCGCUGCCUACACCUUCGACGCAGGCCCCAAUGCCGUGAUCUACUACGACGAGGCCAACGAGGCCAAGGUGUUGGGAACCCUCCACAAGUACUUCGCCCAGGUGCAAGGCUGGGACAAGAAGGACGCAUCUGCUUUGAACGGCGGAGUUGACAUCGACGGCGUGGAUCCUGAGAUCUACAAGGGUGUCUCCAAGAUUAUUUUGACCAGCAUUGGCCAGGGUCCUCAAAAGUCAACCCAGAGCUUGAUCAACGAGCAGGGCUUGCCAAAAAACUAG